UCCUUCUCCUUAAACAUGUUUCGAAACCCAUGGAUUUCUAGUUACCAUGUGAACCAUGAGCAGCCCUACGGCCCAGGAUUUGAAUCUAAAGCUCCCAACAAACUUUGCAGUUCAACCUCUUUGCCAACAGACGCCUUAAGUUUUCAGAGUGACUUCCCCUUGAAUGACAAGACCGCAUUGGUCAAGAGCGUUUCAGACACCGAUGCCAAACUUCUGGUUGUUCUUCCCAAGGUUUCAGAGUUGAAGAAAUACUUCGAGGGAACUGUCACAAAGGAUUUGGGGAUGAACAGGAAGGAGAGGAUAGCCCGGCGCCUGGAGGGGAUAGAGAGCGAUGUCCCGCCUGCACUCGUGCACGGCGGUCUGGUGGCCAACAGGAUGCUGGAGGAGGAUCCGCCGCGGUACACCCGCGCCUCAGACCCCUGUGAGCCUUGUGUGAUGGUGAGGCGUUACAGUCGGGAGGAGCUGGAAGCGCCGCAGAAGCAGGUGUCGUCUCCAGACAGGGCCGCUCAGGUCAAAGGUGGCGUUGGCGGUGGUCGUCCCGACCCGGUGUUGGUGUACGUGGACCCGGUAACUUUGGCCACGCCCACCACGCCGACGUCCAGCCAGACGGACACGGCCAGCAUGACCUCCAAGGCCGAACGCAUCGCCCGCUACAAAGCCGAGCGCCGGCGCCAGCUGUCGGAGCGGUACGGCAUCCACCUGGACCAGGAGGCGGAGCUCGAUUACACGCCGCGCUAUCGUUCCAGGCGUCACACGGACACCUACGAGCGACAGCCCAACGCCAGGCGAGAAGAAGAGAAGCAAGAGCCAAGAGUGCCGUACCGCUCCGGGGUGGGCAGAGUUUACAUGAGGACUCACCCAGACCCCACACCCGGUAACACACAGAGCCCCGCCCACACGAACCAAGCCGCUCCGCCCACUCAGGAGAGACACGGCAGGUUUUCAGAGCGGGAAAGGGUGAUGAACAUGGAGAACUACCGGCGCGGCGCGGCUCAGGAGCGUCCAGCUGCUCCCCGAAGCAGGACCCAGGAGGUGCAUCCGCCUCAGCCCCAGAUGCAACACCAUCCCCACCCCCAGGACGCCGCCCACCCCGAGCCAAGCCCCGCCUCCACCAGGGACUACAGUAUCGCCGCGGUGCCCAGCUCUCCUCGCACCGCCCGCCGAGCAUCCCUGCCCUCCAACCGCUACGGCAUCUCACCUGGGGACUUAUUCAUCGAGCAGCAGGCCCAGAGCAUCCUCAACAGACAGGGAAUCCGAGUACGGGAGCGAUUGUCCAGGGACGAAGCUGCUCAGAGGCUUCCUGACUGGAGCCCAGACAGACACCAGACACACAGACACCGCGCUCCGGGCGCUCAGCCCUCAGAGCCCGCCCAGCACAGGACUGUUCUGCAGCCUCAACCCAGUCCAGACCACCGUCCAGCCCACGGCCACACGGCCCACCCUUCCUCCACCUCGGAGAACAAACACUCCGGUCCUGCCGCGGACUCCCAGCCCUAUUUGGCCAUGACGGCACCCGUGGCUAAUGCUCAAUCUUCUGGACCUCCUGAGAUGCAGCCACGAAGGAGGGUGAGUGCCGACCAGAUCUACGCUGCUCACAGGGAUGCAAGGCUGGAGGCCAGGCAGGCCCUGAAAGAAGAGGCCCACACAGAAGGCCUGCUGAAGAGCAGGAAGGCGGUGUUACCUUCAGAGAUCCGCAGAAGGGAAAAGAGUGUCGACGACCCUCAUAGAGGCCGGCAUGAGGACAUGGACUGGCAGAGCGGCAGCCCAGAACAGAGGAGGAUGAGUCGCAGUGAGGAGGACUGGGAUCGGGAGAGACCGAGGGAGAGGGGGAGGGAGAGGCACGUUGAAAGAAUCCGAGAGCGAAGGGGAGAGCAUCCCUCCAGCCAUGACGGUCCGGAGGAGAGAGUUUAUAGAUCUAUGCAGCCUGCGCACACCUCUGCAGGACAGCAGCAUCGCCAGCAUCCAUCCACAGAUCCUGUAUAUCAAAUUCAGCCUCAAGAGGUGCAAACGCUACAACAGACUCAAGAGCCAAGAAGACGACAGCACGCUGCUAAAAUUCAACAACAAGACCCUCACAGGCCACAGCAGCAGGUCCAGGACAACCAGAGGCAACACCAGUCUCAAAGACUGCAGGAGUACGAGCUGCAAAGGCCCGAGCAUGUCAGUCACCAGCAAGACCCCCCGAGCAAACAGGAGGUCCACAUGGACAUGGAGUUCGAGUCCCAGAGGCAGCAGCACGCUCCGUCAGGCACCCAGAGGGUCGACUCCGCCGUCUACCUCCAGAGGGGCUCGGCUUUACCUCAGGCCAAUCAACGAGGCGCGGAGAUGAGCGGAGGGCCCAAACCCAAGAUACGAACCCGCUCCAUGUCGGACAUCGGAGUGAGCCAGCAUUCCGCCAUGUACCGCAUGGAGAGAGCAGCGGCCGGCAGGGAGGCGCCCAGAGCCGCCCCCCCGCCGGGGGUGGCUAACGGGGAGAUGGGCGCGCUGGACACCAGGGUGUCGGUGGCACAGCUGCGACACUCUUAUCUGGAGAACGCCAACCGGAAGCCUGAGUUUGAGACCACUAAAGUAGACCUCUCAGCUAUGGAGGUAGACCCGGCUAGCGGCAGUGACCGAGACAGGGCUGCUCGGAGGCCUCGACGCUACAUCACCCCAGGAGACAGCCGCAUGUCGGAAAGGUUUAGGACCCAGCCCAUCACCUCUGCAGAGCGAUUGGAGUCCGAUAGGUCUCGUCUCAGUCCAUCGCAACUUCAAGACCCUGAAGAUGAAGAAAAACUGGAUGAGAGAGCAAAGAUGAGUGUGGCUGCGAAGAGGUCUCUCUUCAGGGAGCUGGAACGGACGUCUGAAGGAGGCGUUCCCAAACCGCGAUCAAGAAACGCUGCUGUGGACAGACGCCUGAGACGAGUUCAGGACCGCUCGCACACGCAGCCCGUCACCAACAGGGAGGUGGUCACUGCCUCCAGUGAUCCAGACGCACCGUCACACCCUGCGGGAGUUCAUGUAAAUCACAUCCACAGCCCGCCGGCGGCCAGCGUGACCAGCCUCAGUAUUCAGGCCCCGUCUCAGCCGGGCUCAGCGGGCCCGGAUCAGGAGAAGGUCGAUCCGGACCACCAGAAACCAGCUGGGGCCGGGGGCGACGGCCAGGAGGCUUUCCUGGACGAGCCGGACCUGUCCACGCUCAGCCUGUCAGAGAAGAUGGCCCUGUUCAACCGCCUCGCCCAGCCGGGGAAGCCAGGCGAGGGCGGCCGGGGCGACACCCGCCAGCGCAGGGCCAACGCCCGCUUCCAAACACAGCCCAUCACACAGGGCGAAGUGGAACAGGAUGCCGAGCUGCCCGUAACGCCAGCGGUGUGUAACGGUGACUUAGAGGCCGAUCAGGGAGAACAUCUGAAAAAUGGAGGCGAGAUCAAACUGGAGCCUCUCUCAGCCUCCCUGGUUCGGUCUGUGGCAGCCGUCACCUCCCAGGCUUCUGUCACCUCAGUGACCGCUCCAGGUAGCGGCGGCGACGACGGGCUCCAUCCAGGGAGGUCGACCGCCCUCCCCUACAUCCCUGCCUCGCAACAGCCUCCCGGCACCACAGGCAUCCUCCAGGAGAGGGCGCUGAGGUAUUUCUCCAUGACCCAGAGCGGGGACCCGGGCCACCCUGAGCCCGAGUCCAGCUCCUCCCCUCCCCUCCCCGAGAGCAGAGACAGAGUUGGGGCCCCUCCUGCUCCCUGGCAGCAGGGUGAGGCGGCGGCGGCGGCGGCGGCGGAGGAGGAGGACGUGAGGGGGAGGCGGCGGGGAGGAGCCAGAGACGACGGCCAAGGCGGCAGCAUUAGGGGUAAGCCGCACUCCCCCGACAGGGACAGAGAGGAGGAGCGGCAGCAGCAUCCCCAGCCUCAGCACCCCGCCCAGCCCGCUGCGUGGAGGGGCGAGCCGGAGCCCGGCCGGAGAGCCGCAGACUCAGACUUCCAGGAGGAGGGAGCCAGAGGAAGAGGAGAGCACCUGAGGGAGGCUGCAGCGGCUCAGGAGGAGCAGAGGAGCGGCGGCCGGAGCCAGGCGGGCAUCUCAGAUUUGCCGGAUCACCCUGCAUCACUGAAGCCACUCAUCGCUAAAGUAUCAUCCCGGACUGUGUCCCACGUUCCCAGUGGCCAGCCGCCUGCCGUCCAGCCUCCGCAGACUCUCCCCAAACCCUUCACACAGCAGCCUCCACCAACCCAGCCCAAGCCGUCUUCGUACCCCCAGCCCCCGCCGACGUUCCCCAAACCCUUCACCCACUCCGCACAAGCCCAGCCCAAGCCUCAGGGAUUCAUCCAGUCUCUCCCCAAGCCUUACCCGCAGACGGCCCCCCAGCCCCAGCCCCAGUCCCAGUCCCAGCCCAAGGCGCCGGUGCCUCCGCAGCCUCCCCCAAAACCUCAGAGCUUCCCCCAGGCGCUGGUGAAGUCCCAGUCGCUGCCCCUGGACCACACCGAGGACUUCAGCAGGCACAGCGUCCACUCUGGAGAUCUGCUGUCCCCGACCGACUCCGGGGACCAACUGUCUGACAGCAUGUCCUCCAAACAGAUGUCCAUCAAAGAGAGAGUGGCACUGCUGAAGAAGAGCGGUGAGGAGGACUGGAGGAACAGGAUCAACAAAAAGCAAGAGGUGGUGAAGGUGGCCUCCACCCAGCAGCCGGCUCAGCUAUGGGAGACGGAGCAGACCUGCCAGAAGAAGGAGGAAGGGGUGGUCGCUCAGGACUGCUCCGCCGUGUGUGUGUCAGAGCAGCUGUGGGAACCUGUCUUCUCCUCCACCUACUCUCCUCCCAUCCCUCUCGGCCAAAAGUGUCAGUACAUUGAGCAUCCUGGCCAGACGGGGGAGGAGAUCGAGGCCCAGAUGACCAUUGAGGAGAGAAAACAGAUGAUUUCAACCCGGGAAGAUGCGUGGAAGACAAAAGGCAAAGGAGCCGCCAAUGACUCCACCCAGUACACCGUGGCUGCACGGAUGGUCAAGAAAGGCCUGGCAGCCCCCUCCUCGGUUAUCAGUCCCAUCCUGUCGCCAGUUUCCACCAAACUCAAGAGCAGCACGCCGGCUGUCAACAAACCACAAGAGGAAAUUGAGGCCAAGCCUGAAAUGGAAUCAGAUAAGAAGCUGGAUAAGUUGGAGACUUUCUUGGGCCGUCUGAACAGCAAAGUGGCAGGCUUGCAGGAGACCACCAUCACCGUGACUGAGAAAGCUGUGAAAGAAGUGAUGAAGCUGGACGACGAGAUCUUCUCCAAGUUCUACCGGCGCGUGGCUGAAUUCCCACGCAUGCCCAGCAGGAUCGAGAUCAACGAGGACUUUGACACCAUCUUCGGUUCUCAAGGCCCUAAGCUGGCCUCCGCCAUGGUGCAGCACAAGCGGUCGGUUCGUCCGUCCAGGAACGUGCAGUCGUCCAGAAACCCUCUGAAGAUGCUGGCGGCCCGAGAGGACAUCCGCCAUGAGUACACGGAGCAGAGGCUCAACGUGGCACAGCUAGAGAGCAAGAGGAUGAAGGCUGAGAAGACGAACAAAACCUCGGAGUACUCCGAGGCCGCUCUGGCAGGUCUGGCGAGCAAAGAGAAUUUCAGCAGCGUGAGCCUGCGCAGCGUCAACAUGUCGGAGCAGAUGUCCAACAACAGCGCCGUGCCCUAUAAGAACCUCAUGCUGAUGCAAAUCAAAGGCCGCCGCCACGUUCAGACCAGGCUGGUGGAGCCCAGAGCGUCUUCUCUGAACAGCGGCGACUGCUUCCUGUUGGUCACUCCGGACCACUGCUUCGUUUGGAUCGGGGAGUUCUCCAACGUGAUCGAGAAGGCCAAAGCGGUAGAUUUGGCGACGUACAUCCAGACGAAGAAGGACAUGGGCUGCAGGGCGAGCCAGGUGCAGACCAUCGAGGAAGGAGGAAACACGCAGGCUGAAGACGCCCAGCAGUUCUGGACCAUCCUGGGCGGACAGAUGGCUUACCAACCGGCGGGUCCACCGGAGGAGGACGAGCAGUUUGAGAACGCCAUCGUGGAAACCAACUGUAUCUUCAGACUGCUGGAUGACAAGCUGGUGCCUGAUGAUGACGAGUGGGGGAAGGUCCCCCGCAGCUCACUGCUCGCAUCUAAGGAGGUGCUGGUGUUUGACUUUGGCAGCGAGGUCUACGUGUGGCACGGUAAGGAGGUGACCCUGGCCCAGAGGAAAGUGGCCUUUCAGCUCGCCAAACACCUGUGGAACGGGACCUUCGACUACACCUGCUGCGACAUCAACCCACUGGACCCGGGGGGCUGCAACACACUCAUUCCCAGGAAGGGCCUGGGCCGUCCAGACUGGGCCGUGUUUGGCAGGCUGACAGAACACAACGAGACCAUCCUGUUCAAGGAGAAAUUUGUGGAUUGGACUGAAGCAAAGUCACCGACACCGAAAGAAGUCAUGGAGCCUGUGCGUGAGCAGAAGGAGGCUCCGGGUCGAGAGUGCCGCCCGUACGAUGCCACCCUGAUGCUCCCCGUCCUCCACUCGUCCAUCUCCACCAUCCUGGACGGCGUGAACGUGGGCCGCGGCCACGGCCCGGUGGAGACAGAAGACCACAUGAGGCUGCAGGAGAUCACCACGGCGUCCGUGGACGUCUGGCACAUCCUGGAGUUUGACUACAGCCGCCUGCCGCGCCAGAGCAUCGGCCAGUUCCACGAGGGCGACGCCUACGUGGUGAAGUGGAAGUACAUGGUCAGCACUUCAGUCGGUCGCCGGCUGAACCCCGAGGCGAGGAGCAGCGGGCCGGGGAAGGAGAAAUGCUGCUACUUCUUCUGGCAGGGUCGACACUCCACGGUCAGCGAGAAGGGGACGUCAGCUCUGAUGACGGUGGAGCUGGACGAGGAACGAGGAGCUCAGGUCCAGGUGCAACAAGGAAAGGAGCCUCCGUGUUUCUUGCAGUGCUUUAAUGGAGGGAUGAUCGUCCACGCUGGCAAAAGAGAGGAGGAGGAGGAGAACACUCAGAAUGAAUGGCGUCUGUACUGCGUGCGGGGCGAGGUGCCGGUGGAGGGCCACCUCCUGGAGGUGGCCUGCCACUGCAGCAGCCUCCGCUCCAGAGCCUCCAUGAUCCUGCUCAACAUCAACAAGGCCGUCAUCUACCUGUGGCACGGCUGCAAGACGCAGCUGCACACGCGCAGCGUGGGGAACACCGCCGCGCUCAAGAUCAAAGAACAGUGUCCUCUGGAAGCAGGCCUCCACAGCAGCAGCAAGGUCACCAUCCAUGAGUGCGAUGAAGGGAUGGAGCCUCCGGGCUUCUGGGAAGCUCUGGGGAGGAAAGACAGGAAGGCCUACGACUGCAUGCUGCAAGACCCGGGCAAAUUCAACUUCACCCCGCGGCUCUUCCAGCUGAGCAGCACAUCUGGAGAUUUUGUGGCGAAUGAGUUCUUCCAUCCGUCCCGAGCGCCAGACCUGGUCAGCUCGCUGCCGUUCCUGCAGGAAGACCUGUACAACGCAGCACAGCCCGCUUUGUUCCUGGUGGACAACUUCCACGAGGUGUACCUGUGGCAGGGCUGGUGGCCUCAGGACAGCGAGAGCACCGGCUCGGCUCGGAUCCGCUGGGACGCCGACAGGAAGUGCGCGAUGGAGACCGUGCUUCAGUACUGCAAAGAGAAAAACGAUAAGAAGCCCCAGAAGUCGUAUCUGAUCCACGCCGGUCUGGAGCCGCUCACCUUCACCAACAUGUUCCCCAGCUGGGAGCACAGAGAGGACGUGGCUGAGAUCACAGAGAGGGAGGCCGAGGUUUGCCACCAGAUCAUCCUGGUGGAGGACGUGUUGGCGCGGCUCUGUCAGAACACCUUCCCCCUGGAUCAGCUGACGGCCCGGCCGCUCCCGGAGGGCGUCGACCCGCUGCGGCUGGAGAUCUACCUGUCCGACCCGGACUUUGAGAAAGCUUUAGAAAUGAAGAGAGAGGAAUACGAACGUCUGCCAGGAUGGAAACAAGUGAACUUGAAGAAGGCAAAAGGACUGUUUUGAGCAAGUUUUAUAUAAGUUCUGUAUUUAUCGGAAGAUGGCACGUGAAGCGGUCGAGGACUGGACUCUUGAAACUGAGUUUGGUUUUCUGUUUAUCGGUGGGAACGCAGCGGAAUCAGAAGAAAAUGAGACUGGAGACACACUGGCCUCGCUUCUUGUCUUAGUGUUUUACUUCUCAACCUUGUCAUUACUGAACUACAAUAAACUGAGGCGGUCUGGGGCCGGGUGAAAUCACACUUUGGUCGAUACUUGGUGUUUUGGUGCGUCUGGAAUCUCUUCCCAGCCCUGCAGCCACCGCUCACCGACUCGAGUCAAAGGAAGUGCCAUGCUGUGGUUGUGUGCGACUUGUAUAUAAUGUUUGUACACGUGCGUGUAAUGUUCAUCUGUGUACAUGUGUGCGUAGGUGCGUCUGUGACUUUGUAUCUAUGUAAAAACGAACCCUGUGGCGUCGGAUGCCGUGAGGAGGGAUCUCUCCGGAUGCCGUCAGGCCUCGGAGGAGAAUCGUGUCGCUCGCCUGUGCUGCACUGCUGAAUUGAGUCGGACUCUCUGAGGACGACAGGAGCUGUGACUCAAAGGUCCGACUUUAACGACAAGACAAACUGCAGCUUGAUGAAUCUGAAUGUAUAGUGCCUUGCUUUUUGUGUACAGUUUAUAUACAGAAAUUCUAGUCUGCAUUUUUCAAGACUUUCUUUGUGAUAUAAGACAUAGUGAAUUAAAUCACAAUAAUGCUCCACCC